AUGAAGAAAGAAGAAUGGAGUGUAUAUACAGCUGCAGCAGCAGCAGCAGCAGCAGCAGCAGCAGCAGCAGCAGCAGCAGCAGCAGCAGCAGCAGCAGCAGCACAUUUGCUGCUGCAGCUGUAUAUAAACUUGCGGGGAGAGGAGACAGCAGGGGCCCUGGCGCCCUGCGGUGUCUCCGCAGCUCUCUCUAUUGAAAUGCAGCAGCAAGGUGUGGGGUGGGAGGAGCUGGGAUCGCCUGGGGGAGACGAUCCCCAGUGGGUGUAUGUGGACGAUGGCGAGGACUCUGCGUUUGCUGCUGCUGCUGCAGCAGCAGCAGCAACAGCAGCAGCAGCAGAAACAGAUGAUGAAGAACUAGAAACGCAGCAGACACACACCACAGAUAUCUCCUAUUUUGCUGCAGCACGCAGCAGCAGCAAACCAAUGCUGUUGUUGGGGUUGCUGCUGCUGUCUGUCUUGGGGGUUUUAUAUAUUUUCACAAAGACAGUGCGAGCAGUACAGAUGAAAGCAGCAGCAGCAGCAGCAGCAGCAACAGCAGAAGCCCUCAGUGCCUCUUUCUCUUCCCCUGGGGGGCUUAAGGAUCUUGAGGCAGCAGUUGAUCGUCUGCAGCAGCAGCUGCAGCAGCAGCAGCAGCAGCAGCAGUUGCUGCUGCAGCAGGAUGAUAUGGGUGUUUCUGCUGCUUCUGCUGAGGCGCUGCAGCAGGCGCAGCGCGACACACCAGAACUGCAGCAACAGCAGCAGCAACAGCAGCAGCAGCAGGUGUUGCUGCUGCUGCAGCAGGACUGCAGCAAAGCUCGUAUAUUAGCUUCUAUGAAGGGCCUGAAGACAGCAGCAGCAACAGCAGCGCAGCAGCGACUGCGCGAAGCAAUUAAAAAAAGAGACAGCAUGCAGACUGAGCUGUCUAUACACUCCAGCGUCUCCGGCUUAACAGAGGCAGCAGCAGAGCAGCUGCUGCAGCAGCUGCAGCAGCAAACGGAGCCCGCGCUAGCAGCAGAAGAAGCACGAGUUGAUAGGAGGCUGCAGCAGCUUCGAGCUGCUGCUGCGAAGACACCCCAAGACAGACAAAAAUAUUUAAGAGAACUGCAGCAGCAGAUUGCAGCAGAAAAGAAAGAGCUGCAGCAGCUUGAGGCAGCAGCAGCAGCAGCAGCAGCAACAGCAGCAGCAGCAGCAGCAACAACAACAACGCAGGAAGGGCCGGGAGCUACUCAAGAAGAACUGCUGCUGCUGCAGGAGCAGGAGCAGCUGCAGCAGCAGCUGCAGCAGCUGCAGCAGCAGCUCGAUAGGGGGAAGGAGCAGCAGCUGGCGCAGCAGCAGCAACUUGCUGCUACGAAGGCUGCGCUGCUGCAGGAGACAGCAGAAACUGAGCAGCAGCUGUCUCUCUACAAGGAGCAGCAUAGGGCUCUGCUGUCUGGAGGCCUACAGCAGCAGCAGCAGCAGCAGCAGCAGCAGCAGCAGCAGCAGGAGCAGUCGCAGGAGCAGCAGCAGCAGCAGCAGCAGCAGCACAGCAGCGCAGCAGCUGAUGCCUGA